AUGGCGAGGAUGAACGGCGGGCAGCAGCGCGUGCAGGCGCCGCGCAGGAUCGGCGAGUACGAGGUGGGCGGAACGCUUGGCGAAGGGACGUUUGCGAAGGUGAAAUACGCGGUGCACGCGACGACAGGCGAACCGGUGGCGAUGAAAGUGCUGGAUAAGGAGAAGAUCAUUCGGCAUAAAAUGGUGGACCAGAUCAAGCGAGAGAUAUCAGUGAUGAAGCUCGUCCGGCACCCUAAUGUGGUGCGGCUGUAUGAGGUUCUCGCAUCUCGCACCAAAAUCUAUAUCAUCCUCGAAUUCGUCACCGGAGGAGAGCUGUUCGACAAGAUUGUGAACAAGGGACGACUGGAGGAGGAAGAGGCACGGCGGUACUUCCAGCAAUUGAUAGACGCCAUGGAGUAUUGCCACAGCAAAGGCGUGGCACACCGAGACCUCAAGCCGGAGAAUCUUCUGCUGGAUUCCAAGGAUAAUAUCAAGAUCUCGGAUUUCGGCCUCAGCGCCCUGCCGCAGCAAGUCAGGGCAGACGGUUUGCUUCACACAACGUGUGGCACACCCAACUACGUUGCUCCAGAGGUGCUGAGUGACAGAGGGUACAACGGGGUUCUGGCGGACAUCUGGUCGUGCGGGGUCAUUCUCUACGUCCUCCUAGCUGGCUUCCUCCCCUUCGAUGAGCCCGACGUCCCUUCGCUCUACAGAAAGAUCCAAAGGUCUGAUUUCGGGUUUCCCACAUGGUUCUCAGCUGGAGCAAAGAGGCUGAUCACUGGCAUUUUGCAGCCCAACCCCAAACUGAGGUAUCGGUAUCAGGAGAUAAAAAAGGACCCAUGGUUCCGCACCAACUAUGCUCCUGUGCCGGUCCCUGUGGAUACAGGUGAUGAUAUGGGUGAUGUUGAUGCUGCCUUUGUGCUGAUCAUGCUGGCAGUGCUGGUAUUGGAUCCAGUGCACUAG